AAGCCUCUAUUUCAGUAGAAAGUGCAAACCCAGCAGCACUCCUCGUCUCUCCACUUAAAUCACGUAAAUUAUAACUUACACCAUCCUGUGCCGACCUCUGUCUAAACAAGAAUCACCUGAAGUAUUGAACCCUUGUAAGAAAAACAUGAUAAAGUCGGUAACUUUUUACAUUCUUGCAUGAAAAUAACCAUAUCCCCUUCAACUAUUUAAUACUUUAUUCACUCCAUCAAAAUAACCAAUAUCCAAACGAAGAAGCUAACCAUCUCUCUGCUUCACUAAUCCAACUUUGUAAGUUCGUUGCUACAAAUGCAUUUCUCAGUUACUUGAUUUUACAUAAUGCAGCUAAUUGUUCGGUUGAUCUCAUUUUUGCUACUUUUACAAGUAGAAAUAGUUGGAGGGUUUCAGGAAAAUAUCACUAAUGGCUCGUCCAAAUCUUCUUCAUUAUGGCUUAAAAGAGUGGUGAAGAAUCCACGAGCCAUUGGGUGCGGGAAUAGGCCCUGGAUUUGCGAUGAAGUGGACUUUCCUCCAAGAAUAAAGAAGCGUUGUUGCAGGAAUCGCUGUAUUGAUGUCACAUCUGAUGUGAAUAACUGUGGAUUUUGUGGAAUAAAAUGUCCCUUCACAUGGCAAUGCUGCCGAGGAAUUUGCAUCAAUACUAACAUGAGCCCUUUUCAUUGUGGAAGCUGUGUGCAUAGAUGCCAGCCUCCAAGCCUUUGUUUUAAUGGAAUGUGUGGCUAUGCUCAACCAAUCCCCCCCUGGCCGUUCCCACCUCGGCCACCAUAUCCGUUCCCACCAAAGCCGCCUCUGCCACCAUAUCUGUUCCCACCAAAACCUCCCUUUCCUUGGCCACCACAUCCGUACCCACCAAGGAUGCCUCGGCCACCGUGCUCACCCCCUCCGUGGCUUUAAUGUUGACAAUGAAGCCUUUUCUAUAAAUGGAAAACAUCAGUUGAACUCUCAAACGUCAUCGCCAUUUCUUAAGUUCAUUCUUGACUUCUUUCUCCAGAGUUUGAUUCUUUGUUCUAUUGUUCGUAGAAGAAGAUUACACUAUGGUAUCUCUGUGAAUUCUUCAUCUAAAUGUAUAACUUUCCUCGAU